AAGUAACCAAGAUCUUCUCUAAUCUCUAUCUCUCUUCCUCCUUCUUCUUUCUUUCAUGGCUGUUACUGGCUAAUUUCUUCCCUUUCUCUCUGAAUUUCUCGGAGUUACACGAUGAGUCUUGUGAUUAGUCAAUCGCUAGGCUUAACAGUAAUCGGUGACGGUGUUCCUUUACGCAAUUCGAGAAGAAACAGCGAAAAAUCCAAACUUUUCUUGGUGAAUCGAAAGAGAUUAACGCGCGCAGCUCUUGUUCAAGCUAAGCCGAGAGAAGAUGGAGCUAUGGAAACUCCUUCCCCCUCCUCAAAACCACCUGUUAUCCAAUACCGACGAGCUGAUCUCGCGGAAGAUCUUCAAGCUGAGGCACGUGCUUUGGCUCGUGCCGUUGAUGCUUCCGUAUAUUCCCCCGAGCUAAUCGCUAAGAAACAUGGCUCUCAGCCUCUCAAGGCUUUGCGGAGAAGUGUGGAGAUAUUGUCAGCUUUAGGUGGCUUCGCGCUGAAGUUAGGGAUUGAUCAGAGGCAAGGGAAGCUAGAGGUGAAUAUGAAGAAGAGAGCUUCUGAGCUCCGAAAGAUCUUCACUCGUCUGGGACCCACUUUCGUUAAGCUAGGUCAAGGUUUAUCCACCCGACCCGACCUCUGUCCACCUGAUUACCUCGAAGAGCUUGCUGAGCUUCAGGAUUCUUUGCCAACGUUCCCUGAUGCAGAAGCCUUUGCUUGCAUUGAAAGAGAGUUAGAUUUGUCUCUAGAGUCCAUCUUCUCCUCUGUAUCACCUGAGCCGAUAGCAGCGGCUAGUCUUGGCCAGGUUUAUAAAGCUCACUUGAGGUAUUCAGGUCAGGCUGUUGCUGUCAAAGUCCAACGCCCCGGGAUCGAAGAAGCUAUUGGUCUUGACUUCUAUCUUAUUAGAGGAGUUGGGAAACUUGUAAACAAGUAUGCAGACUUCAUCACCACCGAUGUCCUCGCGCUUAUCGAUGAGUUCGCCUGCAGGGUUUAUCAGGAGCUGAACUAUGUUCAGGAGGCGCAGAACGCUAGGAGGUUUAAGAAGCUCUAUGCUGAUAAAGCUGAUGUUUUGGUUCCUGAUAUCUUCUGGGAUUACACUAGCCGAAAGGUGCUGACAAUGGAGUGGGUAGAGGGGACUAAACUAAACGAGCAAGUUGCUAUUGAGAGUCAAGGGUUGAAGGUUCUUGAUCUUGUGAAUACAGGAAUCCAGUGUAGCUUAAGGCAGCUCUUAGAGUAUGGUUUUUUCCAUGCUGAUCCUCAUCCUGGUAAUCUCUUGGCAACACCUGAUGGAAAGCUAGCUUUUCUAGACUUUGGUAUGAUGAGUGAGACGCCAGAGGAAGCUAGGUAUGCUAUCAUAGGCCAUGUUGUUCAUUUGGUGAACCGAGAUUAUGAAGCCAUGGCUCGAGAUUACUAUGCUUUGAAGUUCUUGUCGCCUGAUGUAGAUGUUACUCCCAUUGUACCAGCUCUUAGAGACUUCUUUGAUGAUGCACUUACUUAUACUGUUAGCGAGCUUAACUUCAAAACGCUCGUUGAUGGUUUAGGCGCUGUGUUUUAUCAGUAUCCGUUUAAUGUUCCACCUUACUAUGCUUUGAUUCUGAGGUCGCUUACUGUGCUUGAAGGUUUGGCACUUUACGCAGAUCCUAAUUUCAAAGUGUUGGCUGCAUCAUACCCUUAUUUUGCUAAAAGGCUUCUCACUGAUCCGAACCCGUAUCUAAGAGAUGCCCUCAUUGAGCUUCUGUUCAAAGAUGGGAAGUUUAGGUGGAAUAGGCUUGAGAAUCUUCUGCAACAGGGAAGUAAAGAUAGGGAUUUCUCAGCGAAAGAGGCUUUGCAGCCUGUUUUGAAGCUUCUGCUUGAUCCAAAUGGUGAAGAGCUUAGACUGUUGGUGAUUAAAGAAGCUGUAAGAGUCAGUGAAGCAAUUGCUUUGGGGACUGUUGUUGAUACAUAUAAUUCCAUGCCUGUGUUUUUGAGAUCUCUCGUCUUCAGUGGAAAUGGAAAUGGGAAUGGCCCUCUUGCAAUGAGUGCCACGGAACUCGAAAGCACGCUUGAGCUUCGGGAUCAGGUGUCAAGAAUCUGGAGCCUUCUUCAGUCUUCAGAGGGCUUUGACCCAGCUAUUUUGCAGCCACUAGUACAGGUGUUACAACAGCCGGAAGCAAGAAGACUUGGUGGACGUGUUGCAGGAGGUGUAGGGCAACGUCUUGCAGCUAGGUUUCUGCAACAACUCCUUCGAGCCACAACACCGUCUUCAUCACCAAAUGCAUAGAUCAUAUUUUCUUGUUUUUCAUCAGUUAAAAGGAUAAAUUAAUUGUAUAUUAACCACAGAAUUGCCUCAUGUUAUAGUAACAUAGUAUCAUUCUUUCUUUUUGUAUUUCUACUAGUGGAAAAAAUAAAUUCAAAGAGCUUAUGACAAGAAACAAAUUUUCAUCAGAGAAAUAGAAUCCAAAC